CUUCUUCUUCUUCUUCCCUUGCCACCCAUAUUCUCUCGGUCUGGAAUCAACAGAGUCACACACACACACACACAGAGUCCAAGACGCUAAAUUAACCACUCUCAACGAGUCAACCCUAUCCAACUUUCCAAAAAUCUUCCUCUAAACAAAACUCACACUCCGCACCCUGUAAUAAGAACUCUCUCUCUCAUUUCCAAUCUCUUCUUUGGCACAGAUACAUACAUACAUGUUUUUUUCUUUUGAGCCCAGCAAAUGUACGGUUUCCCUUCAAUUUCCAGUCCAUGCAGUUAGGGUUUCGCGGUCCUACAUUCAUUUUCAUCGGAUCUCACCAGCUCGCUCCUUCUUCAAAAUGUUCUGGUUCGGUUCAAUAACCCUAUUUAUCCCUUGUUAUUGAAAUUCUUAUAUUUUAUUGAGAAGCCUUUUUAAAUUGUAAGGAAGAAAUUUGUAACUUUUGUGGUCCUUCUUUAUUUUUAUAUAAAAAAAAACUCAUACCCAUAUUUUGCGAUAAUUGAUAUAUACAAAUUAUAAUUUAUAUUGGAGCGGAAAUCUUCGGGUUGGUGAGUAAUGGUAUCUGCCAAUGACCCCAUCGAAUCGUUUUUCAAUUCGGUUCAAGUUGUAAAAGAAGUGCUUUCGCCUCUCGAAUUGGGCAUUCGGAAAGCGGCGAAAGAUCUAGAACAUUGCUGGGGGGGAGGCCCUAAGAACAAGGGAAACAGUGUUGCGUUGGUUGGCCAAGUGAGCGGUGGUGAUAGGAAUGGCAAGGUUCAUAUCUGUGGCGUGAAGAAGAAGGAUGGCCAGUGUGUUGUUGGUGAUGAUAGGAAGAUGGGUUUGUCGAUUAAGGUUCCGAUCAAGGCCUUCCUGGGAAUGUUUUCGCCGAAUUCGGGAAAUGGGCAUCGCGCUGAGUUGCCUGACAGGGGUUUGAAAGAGAGGGAUUUGGGGGAUAAGGAGGAUGUUGGUUCUUGUAUGAAUUGCUUGCAGUUUGCAGUCACAUGGUCUUUGUUGCUGAACAGUUUCCUUCAGGGGUUUCCCAGCCCGUUCAAAACGGGUAAGAAGCAGUUUCAGAAACCCGGGGAUGAGGAAAAUUUUUGUACUUCUAUAAAACCAAAGGUUUCAUGGGAAGCGAAACAAAAAGAUUCUGAGGGACCAAUUAGAAAAUUUCAGAAUCAAGCAAAACAUGUAUCGCUCGAUUGCUUUAUUGGUUUUCUUUUGGAUCAGUUAACUCAGAACCUUCAGAAGUUUGAUCAGGGUGUGAAAGAACAUGGUUAUAAGAGUUCUGACACUUCUCUGCCGAACUCUUCAUCUUAUUCCGAUCAUUUGAAUGCACUCACUAAUAUCUUAGAAGGUCGAAAAGCAGAUGUAAAUGGGCUUUUAGGAAAUUUAAGGUUUGCUAGAGUUGGAGGUGUGCCUUCGAGUGUAGUUGACGUGGCUUCUUCGGUUAAUGAAGACGGUUAUGAUGGUGCUGCCGCUGGGAACAGUGAAGAAACUGGAGGCACUAUACCGCAGAAGCUGGCCAGUGGUAUCCUUGGUAUUCCUCUAUCAAAUGUGGAGCGCUUGAGAUCCACAUUGUCCACUGUUUCGUUGACAGAACUAAUUGAGCUCGUACCACAGUUGGGGCGUACUUCUAAAGAUUAUCCUGAUAAGAAGAAACUAUUCUCUGUCCAGGAUUUCUUUAGAUACACUGAAGCAGAAGGGAGGAGGUUCUUUGAGGAGUUGGAUAGGGAUGGUGAUGGCCAAGUAACUUUGGAAGAUCUUGAAGUUGCAUUUCGAAAGAGAAAAUUACCUCGAAGAUAUGCUCAGGAGUUUAUGCACCGCACUAGAAGUCACUUAUUUUCAAAAUCAAUUGGUUGGAAACAGUUUUUGUCCUUGAUGGAACAGAAGGAACCAACCAUUCUUCGUGCUUAUACUUCUCUCUGCCUGAGCAAGUCUGGGACACUGCAAAAGAGUGAAAUAUUGGCAUCGCUGAAAAAUGCAGGGCUUCCUGCAAAUGAAGACAAUGCUGUCGCUAUGAUGCGAUUUCUGAAAGCAGACACGGAAGGACCUAUUUCUUAUGGACAUUUCCGAAACUUUAUGCUGCUUCUCCCUUCUGAUCGGCUUCAAGAUGAUCCUCGGAGCAUCUGGUUUGAAGCUGCAACUGUUGUUGCUGUUGCACCGCCUGUGGAAAUACCAGCUGGAAGUGUUCUAAGAUCUGCAUUAGCAGGAGGCCUUUCUUGCGCCCUUUCAUGUUCUUUAAUGCACCCUGUCGAUACAAUAAAGACUCGUGUACAAGCAUCAACGCUGACCUUCCCUGAAAUCAUUUCAAAGCUUCCACAGAUUGGAGUUCAGGGGUUGUAUAGGGGUUCAAUCCCUGCAAUUCUUGGACAGUUUUCAAGCCAUGGUCUGCGAACUGGGAUAUUUGAAACAAGUAAACUUGUUUUAAUAAAUGUUGCUCCAGCACUCUCAGACAUCCAGGUCCAAUCGCUAUCAUCAUUCUGUAGUACAUUUUUGGGGACGGCAGUGCGGAUCCCUUGUGAGGUAUUAAAACAGCGGUUGCAGGCUGGCAUUUUUGACAAUGUGGGGGAGGCUAUUGUUGGGACUUGGCAACAAGAUGGUCUUAAAGGUUUCUUUCGAGGGACUGGUGCCACUCUUUGUCGGGAGGUUCCAUUCUAUGUUGCUGGCAUGGGGCUUUAUGCUGAAUCCAAAAAGGCUGUGCAGCAACUUCUGGGACGGGACCUGGAACCCUGGGAAACAAUUGCUGUUGGAGCUUUAUCUGGUGGGCUAGCUGCUGUUGUCACUACACCCUUUGAUGUGAUGAAGACUAGAAUGAUGACUGCACAAGGUCGAUCUUUACCAAUGUCAAUGGUAGCCAUCUCUAUUCUCCGCCGUGAGGGACCCCUUGGCUUAUUUAAAGGUGCAGUACCCAGGUUCUUCUGGAUUGCUCCCCUAGGGGCUAUGAACUUUGCAGGCUACGAGCUUGCAAGGAAGGCCAUGGACAAAAAUAAGGAGGUAGCAGGCGAGCAACUGUCUCAGGAAAAGGUGGCAACUUCCGGCUAAAGUUUUGAAGCAGCAACACUAGAAUGCAUCCUUUGGUUUUUCACAUGAUGAUAGCAAGUUAAUGCAGCUGAAAAAAAGUUUUGAGCUUUUUCCGAGCUUAGUAUUAGCAUUUUAUACCCGAAUUUUCCGUUGGCAAACGUUACUGCCAUUUUUUCUUUUGCAGUUUCUUUACUUGUUUCGUACUUUUUUGGGCCGCUUGAUGGCGGCACAAACAUGUUUAUUCUAUCUUGUAUCUCCCGAAAGUUAAUUCAUUCCCAACUUUGUUUUUUCUCUAUAAUUCAUGAAAAAAAAGAGGACUUUGUUUUCUCUUUGCUUU